AGCUCCCUUCUCACUGAGCGGACGCGUAACGAUACAGAUGGUUUCUUUACGGCAUCCCGCUUUGUGCUGACCGAAACUGCUGUUGUUUAGGAAAAUAAUCUCCCCCUGCCCUGUUACCGGUUGUGUUUUUUGGAUGCGCCAUGCAAUCUCGCUGGUGGAGUUGUGGAAUUCGGCUGGUGGCAUGGACGUGGGUUUGGAGUCUGGCAUUGCUCGGUGCGUGGUGCAUCCCCGCAAACGAAGUGAACCUGCUGGAUUCUCGCUCUGUGAUGGGUGACCUAGGAUGGGUGGCCUAUCCUAAGAAUGGGUGGGAGGAGAUCGGGGAAGUAGACGAGGACUACGCUCCCAUCCACACCUACCAAGUGUGCCGGGUGAUGGAGCAGAACCAGAACAAUUGGCUUCACACCAACUGGAUCCUGACCGAGGGCGCCCAGCGGGUCUUCAUUGAGCUCAAGUUCACCCUGAGAGACUGCAACAGCCUGCCCGGGGGGGUCGGGACCUGCAAAGAGACGUUUAACAUGUAUUACUACGAAACGGACGGGGGCGAUGAGGAUAUGGAGGACGGAGAGAUGAGUGAUGGAACGGGGAUGACUGAGGAAGAGGACAGGGCGAUGAAGGAGAGCAGAUACUUCAAAAUUGACACCAUAGCAGCUGAUGAGAGCUUCACCGAGCUGGACCUGGGGGACCGCGUGAUGAAGCUCAACACAGAAGUCCGCGAUUUAGGUCCCUUGACCCAGAAGGGCUUCUACCUGGCGUUUCAGGAUUUGGGGGCCUGUAUUGCUCUGGUCUCGGUGCGCAUUUUCUACAAACGCUGCCCAUUUCUGGUGAAGAGUUUGGCCGAGUUUCCAGACACCAUCCCGGGCUCCGAGGCCUCGCAGCUGGUGGAGGUAGUGGGCCACUGCGUGAAUAACUCCCUGCCUUUGUAUGAGCCUCCCAGGAUGCAUUGCAGCACGGAGGGAGAAUGGCUGGUGCCGAUCGGGAAGUGUGUGUGCCAGCCGGGAUUUGAGGAAAUCAACGGAUCCUGUCAGGUCUGUAAAGUGGGGUUUUACCGCUCGCUGCUGGAGUCCUUGGCCUGCAGUAAAUGUCCACCCCACAGUGUGGCCAAGCAGACAGGAGCCACUGCCUGCAGUUGUGAGGAUGGAUACUAUAAGAUUGACUCCGACCCUCCCAAUAUGGCCUGCACACGCCCUCCCUCAGCUCCACGCAAUGCCAUCUCCAAUGUCAACGAGACCAGCGUCUUCCUUGAGUGGUCCUGUCCUAUGGAAACAGGUGGCAGGAAGGAUGUGCACUACAACAUCCUGUGCAGACAGGUCUUGCCAGAAGGAAGAGGCUUGGAAGAAUGCGGCCCCAAUGUGCGUUUUUUGCCACGACGUGUCAGCCUGUCAAACACCUCGGUCAUGGUGGCCGACCUGCAGUCACACACCAACUACAGCUUCCUGCUGGAGGCCGUCAACGGCGUGUCAGAGCUGGCCAAAGAGCAUGCGAAGCAGUAUGUGUCACUCAAUGUGACAACCAAUCAGGCAGCACCGUCCCCAGUGAGCGUGGUGAGGAAAGGUCUUACGGGGAAGAGCAGCAUCGCCCUUUCUUGGGCCGAGCCUGAUCGCCCCAACGGCAUCAUCCUGGAGUACGAGAUUAAGUAUUUUGAAAAGGAGCAGGACUCCAGUUACACCAUUAUAAAAUCCAAGGAGACUGAGAUGGUGGUGGAAGGCCUGAAGCCCUCUUCAGUCUACAUCUUCCAGGUGCGAGCCAGGACCUCAGCAGGCUAUGGUGCAUUUAGCCGACGUUUUGAAUUCCAGACCAGCCCUUACUUAACUGCGACCAGUGAGCGUGCUCAAGCUUCGAUUGUAGCGGUGGCCAUCACGUUGGCUCUGGUCCUCUUGGCGGUGGUCGCUGGAUUCCUGCUCAGUGGACGGCGGUGUGGCUACAGCAAAGCAAAGCAGGAUCCUGAAGAGGAGAAGAUGCACUUCCACAAUGGUCACAUAAAGUUCCCAGGGGUGCGCACCUACAUUGACCCCCUCACCUAUGAAGAUCCCAACCAGGCGGUGCAUGAAUUUGCCCAGGAGAUUGACGUCUCGUUCAUCUCCAUAGAGAGAAUCAUCGGAGCUGGGGAGUUUGGCGAGGUGUGCAGCGGACCGCUGAGGCUGCCCGGGAAAAGAGAGAUACAGGUUGCCAUUAAGACCUUGAAAGCAGGCUACACGGAGCAGCAGAGACGCGACUUCUUGUGGGAGGCGUCGAUCAUGGGCCAGUUCAACCACCCGAACAUCAUCCGUCUGGAGGGCGUGGUCACCAAAAGCAAGCCAGUGAUGAUCAUCACUGAAUACAUGGAGAAUGGAUCUCUGGACACUUUCCUCAAGAAAAAUGAUGCUCAGUUUACUGUAAUCCAGCUGGUUGGGAUGCUGCGAGGCAUUGCGUCUGGCAUGAGAUACCUGUCAGACAUGGGAUACGUCCACCGUGAUCUCGCAGCUCGUAACAUCCUGGUCAACAGUAACUUGGUGUGUAAAGUGUCUGAUUUCGGCCUGUCCCGAGUCCUGGAAGAUGACCCGGAGGCUGCGUACACCACACGGGGCGGGAAGAUUCCUAUUCGCUGGACGGCUCCAGAGGCGAUCGCAUACAGGAAGUUCACCUCAGCCAGCGAUGUGUGGAGUUACGGGAUCGUCAUGUGGGAAGUGAUGUCAUACGGAGAGAGGCCAUACUGGGAGAUGUCAAAUCAAGAUGUGAUAAAGGCAGUGGAGGAGAGCUAUAGGUUGCCGGGUCCUAUGGACUGCCCUGAGGCUCUGUACCACCUAAUGAUGGACUGCUGGCAGCGGGAACGCAGCAACCGGCCCAAGUUUGAUGAAAUUGUCUGUCUACUAGACAAACUCAUUCGCAAUCCCAGCUCAUUAAAAAAACUGCUCAACUCCUCACACAGGGUUUCUAACCUGUUAGUGGAGCAUGCCAGUGUAGAAGGGAACUGCAGCACUCGGAGCCAGACCGUGGGGGAAUGGCUCGACUCCAUCAAGAUGGGUCGUUACACAGAGCUCUUCAUGGAAGGAGGUUACUCUUCACUGGAGACGGUGGCUCAGAUGACUUCAGAGGAUUUGCGAAGAGUAGGAGUGAACCUGGCUGGACAUCAAAAAAAAAUCAUCACUAGUAUUCAAGAGAUGAGAGUCCAUAUGAACAACACCAACUCUACUGUAAACAUCUGAUGCAUAUGUACAGGCAUGCGCACACACGCAAAUACACACAUACACACACUAUAUGGACCUAGUAUGUGACGAAAAGACUUCAGAUUUGCUGUUGGACCUAAAGCGGCUUAGCACUUUCUACGGACAAAGACACCCAGUGUUUAUGGAUCUAAACUGGAGAAUCCACAAAACUGUGGUUAUUGUGGGUGGAGUUUCCUUGUGGUGUCAUUGGGGGUAUUUGACAUUGCAGCACUAAAACCAAACUGAACUGAACUGAGCGGUGCUACACGAAGGGAAGAAGAUGGGGAGCUAAACUGAACUGAAGAUUUUUCAUUCUAAUUAUUCCAUUUCUGUGAAUCUUGGGGAUCGUGAUAUCUCUGUGCACUGUUUGGAUUCUCUCAGAUCAAACAUGAAAUCCGCAGAUCUGGCUCUUGAGAGCAACCAGCACUUUUUGGCUGUUUCACAAAUACGGGAGUUUCAUGCAGCGGGCUCAAACUGAACUUUUUCAGCCUGUCUCAGGUGAUCUGAACCCAGUGGAUCUGACCAUUUUCUCUGGAAGUACACCAUUCUCAGGUGGGGAAAAAGUAAUAAUGGACCAAGAGCAACGUGUUCAUUAGUUUAAAUCUUUGCUUUACCAUGCUGAUGUGCUUUGGAUUUUGUUUUCCUGCCUCGGGCAGGGCUUCAUGCAAAAAGGACUGCAUUCGUACACCGCUUUACAACUCAUGGAAGCUCCAGACUCAUAUUCAGCAUCCUAUACAUCUUUAUCUUCCAAAGCGUUUCAAGACUAGAGUACAAAAUGCACCUUUCAGGCUGAAAAUGUUGUCAGUCUGUGAGAAGGAAACCGUCUGGGUCUGGCUUUGUCCAGAAUAGUUUGGGUCUUAUUGAACCUACAAAAGAAAGUGUGAAAACAUACAAGGCUUUAGACACGGAAUACUCUAAAACUCUGGCUGAAUGUAUAGCACCACACAACACACAACACUCAGUUGCAGCGACAACUUGUUUAGUUUGAUAGGCAGCUUCUGUCAGAUAGGGAGAGAAUGUGGCAACCAGCUUCUGAAUGAGUCUGCUAAUUGUACUAUAUAUUCAGCUGGCAUUCUGUCAUCUUUACUCUGACAUUUUGGAGAAAUCUCCACUAAGAUCUAGAUGGGUUCCUGAAGAACUUAUUUAGUUAUGAACUCCUAAACCAUACAGAUUGAAAACCGCUUCAUAUAAAUUGAUACUUUACGCAUGUUUUAGUGGAACGUUCGCUUGGAUGCCGGGGAACCUUUGUGUAGGUUCGGACAACAUCACUACUUUUAAAUCAAUCAGCUUCACUACAUGUCUAGAAUAACUAUUUACUGAUAUUCUACUGCAACCUAUUCUCAGACAAUAAUGGAUCCUUCACCCAGAUUCUGAUAAACGUUCAUACAGGCUCUACACUGGACAUUCAGUAGGAAUCAGCUGAACAUCUAAUUUCAUUUAUGGAAAUUCAUGGAAAGUUCAUUGGAUCCUGAACAUUUGCUCAUGUGGUUGAACUUCCAGUCAGAUUCCAGUGGGACUGUUUACUGAUGUUCUAAUGGACCCUUCGCUCAGAUUCUACUGAUAUCUCUACUGGGAUUCCAAUGCAGCCUUCACUCCAGAGUGCACUCAAAUUUUCAUGGAACCUUCAGGUACUGCAGAAAACCCUCAGCAAUCUGUUCAGUUCACCAUGCCGUAGUCUCUAACACAUGUCUGCCACACCACAAUAAACCUCAUUCUUACAGGACUGCUGAAAAUAAGGAGGCAAUAUUGAUCAACUUGAUAAUCAUCUAUUUAUUUAUACUUGUUUAAAAAAUGAGCAAAAGUGAUGUUUGUUUCAUCAUUAUACUCUCUUUUGGACUACUGAGCAGCUCUGCCUACAUGUCUUUCAUGUAUAUAAUGUAUUGUAUAUUUAAUGCAGGGAGCAUUGUUCUUCUGUCUACCAUCAUGUGGACAUCGGUAUUGAUAAAGCAUCUCAGAGUAGUACACAUUAGUAGAUAGUGACAAAUAUUCUAAAUCAGUAUUCCUGCUACUAAGACCUGGCCACUCUCAGAUGGGGGCAACCAGCACAUCUGUCCCCAUAUAAGGGUGCCCAAAAGGGUAUGCAGAAUUAUCAAAUAUUCAUGUUUUGUUGUUGGUGAUUGUGUUUAAUUUCAAAUUUUGGUGCAAGAUCUAGAAAUAUUUUCGGCAGCCCUAAAUGAGACGGAAAUAAAUACUGUUGUCUCUAAAAGCAGGAGAAGUGUGCACAGGGACUGAUGUAUGAGCUUCUGCUAUAGUUUAAAGGUAUACAAUGAUGUCAAUGAUCAAAUCCUUGCUUUACUUCUCUUCGCUGUGGUAUGUUCAACAUUGCUACUCAGUGCUUUAUUGCUAAAACUUGACCCUUUUCACCGUUGUGUUCACCUAAGCAGGAACUAAGUUCGAACAGUAUAUUUAUCCGCUUUGCAGAUGACAUACUAAUAUUUUUCUUGGUUAUACGCAGUGUACUGCUAGUGCUGUGGCUUAAGAGUGGAAACUAAAUGAGAUUGUAAAGCUAGUUUUUUAAGAAGUGGUUUCACUUGACCGUAUGAAAAGCAUAGAAAAGCACAGAAAAGCACACAAGAAGAAUGUAAGGUUUUAAAGGGGUAUUUCACUUUUUGAGGAUAUGUUUUGCUUUUAAACACUCAAACCGCCCUCUGACUUCAAGAGGAGUCAAAGUUAAAGGCCUCAUUGGGUGGAAGAAAGCCACCUCACUCGUGGCAUUUCCACCUGCUGUCAAGAUCAAGAUCAUUCUUCUUGACUGGUUUUGUAAAAGAAUGUCAGUGGGGAAUGGUCACAGUUGUUAUUCUAUAUGGCUAUGUGUUUUUAAAAGUCAAAAUGGUCUACCAGAGUGAAAGUUUGCUUGAAAGAUAAACAUCUGCAUAGUCUUUUUAGUCUACAUUUAUUACUUUGGAGGUUUGGCUCCAGCUUGUGCAUUAAUGUUCUAUAUUAUAGUUUUAAUGGUGGCGAACAAGAGUCAUUUAGUAACAUUAUAUCUGUGGUUUUGUACAUUUUUUUAAGCCACAGUGUACUUUUUUUAUUCAACCAGGUCUUAUUCUUGUCUUCAAAAAUGCAACCAACAUUUUGGCAGUAAAACAUAUGUAUGUAGUACUAUUGUGGCUAUGCAGAUAUUUAAAAUAGCGGGGGAAUGCAUCAAUAAUAUGGUGAAUCUUUUAUAUUACACAAUAUAAGGCAUGUACAGUGAAAGUAAUUGUGCUGGGUGGUCUCCUCAGUCAUAUGAAUACCACACGCGUUAGAUGAAGUUGUCACAGUGUUUUGAUCCCACCCAAAUUUCAUGGUAUUGGCUUUUUACAACCACCCUUCAAAUUAAUUUUCAACUUAAAACCUAUGCCUGGGGCAUGAACAAUUGGUGAAUAGUACGCCCUUAUAAGUGCCUCUCAUCUUUCGAGCACCAUUUUUUCCUCCCCGGCCAAAAUUCUAUGCCCCAAUUGUGCCCCAACUUUCUAUGUAUUUACUUUUUGCCCACAAUAUCUACAGGCAAUAAGAAGAAUGUCAGACAAUGUGUAUGUUGGAACUAAUUUAAUUUGCACUUUAUGAGAAAUCUUGUGCCAUUUUGUUUGACAAAAAAUGUCUAUAGGUGACUGACUUUUCAUUGUCAAAAGUUUAUCUUAAUGAUUUACUAUAUAAUUACUAUAAAUACUGUGUUCCCUUAUGCUGAUUAUAUCACUUCAUAUUCUCAAUGCUUCCCGUAGUUUUAAAUUUGACAGUUAAGCACAAAGCAUUGGUAAUAUUUUUUAAAACAAAUCAGAGCUAUAUAUAUGGAAAACCUAAGCAUCAUUGAUGUAGAGCACCAUUUUCUUGUGUACGGCACAACGAUACACCUUCAAAACGUAAGCACAGGGUUUGACAGAAAUCUUUUAGGACAGUGAGUGGAUGAUAUGACUUUGUGCAACCUGUCAAUAGUACUAGCCCUUGAUGUCAACAAACUUCAGCCAGACAUUUUGUCUGAGUGUUUGUGGCAUUUACCACUGCUAAGUACACAAUUGUGAAAGCAGGUAUUGAUUUGUUGUCAAUGCAAACAAUACAUAUUCAGCUUAGUUGAUAGGUGUUGCUGCGUGAAACAUCUUCAUUAAUUUUAAUGAUUUGUUCUCGCACUUUUGCAAUGACGUGAUUUUAUCCUGGUCGUCUCUUGUUAAGCAAUUCUCAUUUAGCAGGAAGAAACGAAGCACAGCAAACCAGCAGAGACUUGUAAAGAGUUAUUGAUGUGUUGUUACUCUACAAGGACUGUCAGCUGUAACUCCAUCAAGUGUUAUUGUAUGCAGGAGCCAAUUUCAUUUAGUGUCAAAUUACAUUACGUAACCUGUUUGAUGUAACACAUGGAUAAACAACUUUGUUGUUUGAAAUUGACUUUCAGAAGAGGGUAAUCUAAUUUGUUCACACCAACAUACACAUGCAUUUCCAUAACAAGUUCUUGCAGUUAUACACAUUGGAAUUUGUUGGAAUUGGCUACGUUAAAAAAGUACUGCAUAAACCACUAGAUGGGAGGUUCGACUGAAUUCAAGCAAAUGUACAAAAGCAAUACCUGGUAUUAAUAGCAAAACAAAAUCAUAUUUGCAUACCCAAUUUUAUGGGGAUAUAACAACCAUACAAGGUUGCACUGACAUCUGACUGGCUUUAAGACACCUAAUAAGGAUGAAAAAAAUAAUGUUGGUAUCUUUAAAAACCUUAUAAAUAAAGCAGAUGAGUGGGUGGGGUUAUAUCUGGGCCAGAGUUCUGGUAGUAACAGUCCUAAUGUUACUUGACAAGCCACCUUGUGGUGAAAAAAAAGACAGUUUCUCAAAAACUUGCUGUGUUUUGAAACAUUUACAACCGAGUUAAUGGUAUCGAAGACUCCAAGUGUGUUUGUGUGUUGAGUAACAUUGAGAUUAGUGCUAAAAGUAAACUUUCAAAUGCAAAUUUGCAGUGGGAAAAACAUUUUUGUUACCAAUGGCCCCGCCCACUACACGCAUGUAUAGUUAACUUCUCAGGAAGUCGAAAAUGGGUAUGGAGAUGUGGUUUUAGGGGGAAAUGUGCAGCUUUCACUCAAAGUAUCAACAUACAAAAGCAGGUAUGCGAUUAUUAGGUUUUCCCCAGGUCAAAGACAAUGAUCAUGUUAUCAAUAACUCACACAUAAGGUUUUAAACAACUGAAUAUCUGUUUUGUGAUUCUUUGAAAGCACAGUAAAGAUACUAUUGAUGUGCUAUUGGUUUGUCUUUGAGACUGUCAUGUAUUAUGUUUGUGUUGAUGUUUUUGUAGUGUGUUAUCAAAUUCUAUAUUUUUGCAAUAAAACUUUUAAAA